UAAAGGCAACCGAUCAAAUAUCUAUCCUUCAACCCGCAAAAGGCGAGGAGAGAGAGCCAUGGAGGACAGAGACCACGGCCCCGCUGAGAACCUUCCUGAAUCUCCACACCGCAUCGUCGACGGCGACGAGGAGGGAGACGAAGACGGAGGCGGCUUCACCUUCCCCGUCCUACCGUUCGCGGCGGACGCGCUCAUCGUGCCCGUGUACCCCAUCUUCGGCCGCCCCCCGUCCCCGCCGCCGGCGGCCUCGGUCGACGAGCAGGAGACGGCCACCGUGCGAGUCCCGCUGGGGCAGCUCCUGCUGGAGGAGCGCGACUUCCGCGCGAGGCAGAGGGACGAAGAGAGCUUCGGGGACGGCGAGCUGGAGGGCGUGGCGCCGGAGAGCUACUGCCUCUGGGCCCCCGGACAGUCCACUCCGGCGUCCCCGCGGCGGUGCCGGAAGAGCGGCUCAACGGGGUCGGUCCUCCGGUGGCGGCGCAUCAGUGAGCGCCUCGUGGGGCGGAGCCACAGCGACGGCAAGGAGAAGUUCGUCUUUUUGAACGCCACUUCAGGGCCUCCCAAGCAGGGGGACGUGGAGGAAGGAAGCAGCAGGAGCGACGGCGGCGGCGCCGUCGAUGCCCACGGAUGGAGUUAUUACAGCAAAGGAGGAGGAGGAGGAGGAAGCGGCGGCGCUGGCCGGAGGAGAUCUUACCUCCCAUACAAGCAAGAGCUUGUCGGGUUGUUCGCCAACGUCAGUGGGUUACGGCGAAGUUACCCCCCAUUCUAAUGCGUUUCUUGGCCUCUCUCUCUACCCCGUCAAUUUUUCUGCUUUUGUGUGCAUAAUAGUAUUGCAUAACCUUGGUAGUGUUAUUAGAAAUAAAAUUGGUGUGCUUAUAUAUAGUACUAAAUUAGGAUCUGCUUGGCUAAGGUAAAUGUAAAAACCACACCAUCUCAACAAUAGAGAUCGGAGAAGAUAUACGUACUAUUUUGUAGGUUCUCUGUUUGCUUGCACACUAGUCAGAAAGAACUGCUGUUCUUCUGUUCGUUCUGAUCUUUUUGUUUUCAUCAAUCUCAGGGUAGGAUAGAACUGCCCAUUUUAAUGAUUGUAUGGGAGAGAAUUUUGUAUGUUGAUUGGUAGUUUUGGUGAAUUCAUGUAUGGUGUAACCUCUUUGUUU